AUGUGGGGACCAAAGAAGAAAGGAGGGAAAGUUAAAAGCGGCGGGGCAGGAGGAAUAAUUGACGGGGUUGAUAUUAGUCAAAUGAGCAGGGAGCAGUUAGAAGCGUUCUGCUAUCGUAUUAGGGAAGAAAAUGAGCGAGAACGAGAAGAGCGUAAUUUCUUUCAGAUAGAAAGGGAUAAGCUGCGUAAUUUUUGGGAAAUUACUAAGAAUGAGUUAGAGGAAGUUAGGGCAAAGCUUAGAAAUAAAGAUCGCGACGUUGAAGAAUCGGAUGAAAAGAAUGAGGAGCAGGUGAAAUUCUAUAAGCAGCAAGUUAAGCACUUGAAAUAUGAACAUCAGUCCAAUUUAACCGAAUGUAAGGCGGAAGGAUUGGUCGCGUUGAAGAUGGCUCAGGAUGAGCACAUUCUGAAGGAACGGGAAUUACUGACCGAUAACGAAGAGCUGAAGAGAAAAAUACGCGAACAAAACAAUGCCUAUGAGGACUUAAUUAAAGCGUUAAAGCUUAAACACAGCGAAGAGGGCAGUCGCAUUAUGCAGAAAUUUGAAAAUAGAGCUAAAGAAAUUGAGCUCAAGUAUUCGAAGAGGUUUUCGGAAGUUAUUGCAGAAUUGGAAACGCAAAGAAGAAUGGAAAUAUCGGAAGUGGAAGAAAGAAAAAAUGCCCAAAUCUCUGCCUUAAUUAGUGAUCACCAAUCCGAGUACACCGAGAUGAAAAACUACUUCAACGAUAUAACGCUUAAUAAUCUAGCUUUAAUUAGCAGCUUAAAGGAGCAGAUGUCGAUGUUGCGAAAACAGGCCGAUGAAUCCACGAAAACGGCUGCCGCGAUAUCUAGCGAAAAUCGUAAAUUAAGCGAGCCCCUGCACAAAGCAGAAAAUGAACUGGUAGACCUUAGAAAACAAUUAAAAAAUUAUAAGAAGGAUAAAUUGGCCUUUGAUAACACAAAAGCAAAACUACAUGAUCUAAAGAAGGAAUAUGACGCACUGAAAUGGUCAAACGAAGUCCUAAAUUUACGAUUUGAAAAGUUACAGGAAGAACGCAAAAAACUUUACGGCAAAUUCGUUCAGGCAGUUCUUGAAAUACAACAAAAAAGCAGUUUAAAAAAUGCCCACCUUCAAAAACGCGUACAAGUUCUCUCUGACGUGGCCGAAUACAAGGAGUCUGUCAUUAUUGAAUUAACGUCAUCUUCAGAAAUUCCAUCGCAACAUAAAAAGUUUGAGGACCUUCUGGCCAACAAAAACUUAAUCGUCAAAAAUUUAAAAGAGGAGCUUUCGAAAACGUGCCAGGCUUACAAUGAGCUUCUUGAAAUGUACCAGCAGCAAUUUGGAGAGUCUGGUUUGAUACCCAGAAGUGUGGCAUGUAGUGACGAUGGGGAACCAUAUUCACCAUAAGAUGAAACUGCAGUAAAUGGGAGAAUGAGACAGUUGCCAAUAACGUGUAAAACAAUAACAACUAAAAUAAAUCCU